AUGACUAACAUAAUCCCGGAUGCGCCUCAGGGGGAUGAUCAAGCUCCUCCUCCCCCUCCCCCAGCAGGCGGCCCUGAUCAUGCUGCUGAUACUCAAGCUUCCCGCGGUGGCAAUACGAUUUUCAAGAGCGGGCCACUAUUUAUAUCAUCCAAAGGAAUUGGAUGGACAUCCUGGAAGAAAAGAUGGUUUAUUUUAACGAAGACUUCGCUGGUUUUCUUCAGAAGUGAUCCUAGUGCUGUUCAGAAGGGGAGUGAAGUGAAUUUGACCCUAGGUGGUAUUGACCUCAACAAUUCAGGCAGUGUGGUUGUCAAAGAAGACAAGAAACUGUUGACUGUGCUCUUUCCAGAUGGUCGUGAUGGGCGAGCCUUCACACUGAAGGCUGAAACGUCGAAGGAUCUACAUGAAUGGAAGGAAGCACUGGAGAACGCUUUGUCGCAAGCUCCAAGUGGCCCUCAUGCUGUGGGAAAAAAUGGUAUCUUGGGGAAUGAUCAGAAAGACUCCAAAGAUAGUACUUUGGAUCAGCCAAAGGAGAAACCACCUGCGAAAUCUACAAUUAUUGGGGUGCCUAUUUUGCUGGCCUUGGAAGAUGUUGAUGGUGCUCCAUGUUUCUUGGAAAAAGCCCUUAGGUUUGUAGAAGAAUAUGGAGUCAAGGUAGAAGGAAUCUUGCGACAAGCUGCUGAUGUUGAUGAUGUUGAACGUCGAAUACGGGAAUACGAGCAGGGGAAAGUUGAGUUUUCUCCUGAUGAAGAUCCACAUAUCAUUGCUGAUUGUGUCAAGUAUGUUCUUCGGGAGUUGCCAUCUUCUCCGGUCCCUGCAUCUUGCUGCAACGCGCUGCUAGAUUCCUUUCGUAAUGAUCGGGGUGGAAGAAUAAAUGCCAUGCGUACGACAAUAUGUGAUACAUUCCCGGAGCCAAACCGCUGUUUAUUGCAAAGAAUUCUAUUAAUGAUGCAAACUAUUGCUUCUCACAAAGCUGUGAAUCGAAUGAGCUGCUCAGCUGUGGCAGCUUGCAUGGCCCCCUUACUUCUUCGUCCACUGCUGGCUGGGGAUUGUGAAAUCGACAAUGAUUUUAGCGUGGGUGGUGAUAACUCUGUUCAACUUUUGCAAGCAGCUGCUGCAGCUAAUCAUGCUCAAGCAAUUGUUAUAACUUUGCUGGAGGAGUAUGAUAACAUAUUUGGGGUAGGCUCCAAUUCCAUAAUGCUAGUUUGUUUGCAGGAAGGUUCCCUGUCCCCUGAACUAUACAGUGACACUGAAGAUGAUGAAACUGACACCGACGGGGCAACAGAAGAUGAUGAGUAUUAUGAAGAUGAUGAAACAGAAUCUGGAGAAUACGAUGAUGAUGAUGAUGUUGAAAUUGUCAGUGGGUCAUGCAGUGAGAGUGAUGGAGAUGAUGAACAAUCUGACAAUAAGGACGGACUUGGCUCAGGUUCCAAGGUUCCUGACGCAGGCGAUGAUAGCAAAGCUCAUAAGAAAUUGUCAUCAAGAUCACUUAAACAUGCGAAGCCUCAAGUUGGUGUAGAAAGCAAUGAUGAUAAACCGGAUUUAAAGGAAAAUAACUCAGCGGAGCUGGACAAUGAGUUUACAGCAGUAGCAGAUGUUUCUAGAUCAACAAGUUUUGUGCACCAGUCAAGUGGCCAUGGCCUUCCAUGCAUACAAAAAUCUUCAAGUAUAUCCAAUGGACCUGAUUAUGGUGCAAAGCAUCGUUAUAACUGGGGACGUACUGCUGCAAGGAAGAACCUUUCCAUGGAAUCCAUUGGCUUCGGUGUUGAGGAGGAGGAUGAACAGAUCCAGAGGUUAGAGAUCACAAAAGCUGACUUAGAAGAUAGUAUUGUAGAAGAGGUAAAGAAUAAUGUAGCUCUUCGAGCAAAUCUAGAAAUUGAGAAGAAGGCCUUGCGUGAGCGUCGUCGAGCUCUCGAACAAGAUGUAGCAAGAUUACAGGAACAGUUACAGAAGGAGAGAGAUUUGGGAGCAGCCCUCGAGGCAGGUCUAAAAAUAUCCGAGGGCCAUACAAGGGCAGAGCUAGAGGAAAUGGUUCAGGUAGAGGCAGAUUGUACCAACUUGAAAAAGAAGGUUGAUGAUCUGGAUGUGCAGCUUAAUUUACAACGUGAACGAAACCAUAGCUCUAGCUCUGCAUCUGAUGCAUGCAUUUUUUCUGCACAUAGUCGGGAUCAUGAUACAAAACAGCAGACGAAGAAUAAAGAGAAGGAUAGUGAAGCCGUAGCCCAGUUAGAACGGUCAAGAAGUAAGGAUGGUCAUCAAGAGGGCACAGAAAAUGCAAAUGAGAAAAAGGUGGAGCCAGUUGUUGCCAAGUCUAGCAAGAGAGGGAGUGAGGGGAGUAGAGGAAUUACAAAGUUGACAUCGCGACUAAACUUUUUGAAGGAGCGGCGGACUACUGAAGGUAGAGAUAAAGUUCAAUCGGUCCCAGAUACUCUGGAAAAAGGCCAAAAGUCGGAAAAACUUAGGAAGGCAGAGAGUCAUUCUGAUCAUAGAGGGAAAAAGUCAGAAGCCCAACAACAGCAUAUUCUGGACAGAGGAAAAUCAGAAAGCCAUCUGUCUAUUGAAGUGGACAAAGGUCAUGUCUUCGACAAUAGUAGUAACAGUAGUUUUAGCACUAGUAAACCUUUCCCCCCUUCUCCAAGGAAAGACAACAGAUGA